GUUUAUAAUGGGAAGAGAGUUUUGUGCCAUAAUUGUAUUUAAAGCUGUUUUUAAUCUCUGAUUAAGAUAAGUUAUUAUGUUUUGUCAUUUGAAAUUUGCAGAGAACAGCGGUAGUAGGAGUUUUGAAAAUCCUCAAGACAUUGGGAGGUGGCUACUGCAGGCGUUGAAGGAGAAUGCUACUGCAAGGAGUGCCAUUCCUGACUUGGAAGAGAAAAAAAAUUCGUCACAUGGAAAGAGGAAAACAGUAUGCAAGCCCUUUACAAAGCCCAUUUAUUUUUUAGACCCAUGGAAUAAUAGGAAUUUGGUGAUUAUGGAGAAGGCUCCAGGAAUAGUUGAUCCUGCCAUGAACAUUAGGAAUCCAAUGAGAAAAUUCAAGCACCUUGCUAGCUUAGAUGCUGUGAAAUUAAGGGAGAUGCGUCCAGAUUAUAUACCGGUGAUCAUGGAGAAGGAUGCAAGGAGUGACGUUCCUGACGUUGACAUGAGGAGAAGGUUGGCAGAGAAAAGAAGGAAAAGAGCCUACGUGGACAUAAUGAGAAAUGCGUUUGUGUAUUUAGAACCUUGGAAUUUGAGAUCAUACAAGAUGGCUUUGUCUUCCACUCCUAGCAUGAGCGAGAACACGAGGAAGUUCUAUUUAGAGAGGUACAAGCAGUUAUAUGGUAAUCUUUCAGAAGAACAACGCACUUGCACGGACGCUAGACAGUUGAGGGAGAAGCGUGCAGAUUAUAUACCAGUGAGUGUGGAGAAGGAUCCAAGGGCAGACAGUGACGUUCCUGACAUUGAUGUAAAAAAAUACCAUGUCCCCCGUCAGAAAACUCUUGGAGAAUUUGUUGAUUUGAUUCAGAUGGAUAUUGCGGUCAGUAAAACAUUCCAUGUGCGUGUCUUCUGCAAGAACACUGAACUUCCUGCCGGUGCCUCGAUGUCUGCAAUUGACGACGAAUUUAAAGAUGGAGAUGGAUUUCUUCGGUUGACGUAUAUCGGAGAAGAGAGAGCAUGUCAAUCUGCCAGUUAACUGUUUUAGGGAAGGAUUUGGCAGUUAGUUUGUUUUUGUGAAUGGUGAUUUAUGUGACCAUCUGAUUGGGCAUGUUUGUUUGUUUGUUUUCUUCACUAUCUAAUUGGGCUCAACGGCCUCUCGCGAUGUCAAACUCGUCAUUCAUAAGAGUAUAAUUUCGUACCUAACACUUGUGAGAGAAAGGAGAGCUUAUAAUAAAAAUAAUACUCUACUAAAUUACCGGAGUAA